AUGACCGGUUUUAAAGAGGACCCAGUUCUUGGAACUAACGACAUGAUAGUAAACAAGGAAGGGUCUGGAACUGAGACUGGCAGUAGCAGCAGGCCCCCUGUGGUGGAUAAAGCGAGAGAGGAAGGUCAAAGUGGAAGAGACAUGGCUGGGAAUUCCAUUCACCGUUCUGGUUCAAGGCCCCAGCUUGACCUUAGCAAGGCUGCAAUCCAGGGCAAUUUUGAGGAGAGGGAUCCCACAAUUCUGCUGCCUAACCAAUCUGAUGAUAUUUCUCACUUGGCUCUUGAUAUUGGAGGAUCUCUAAUUAAACUUGUAUAUUUCUCAAGACGUGAAGAUCGAUCAAAUAAUGACAAGAGAACAAAAACACUCCAGGAAAAACUAGGGAUUUCAAAUGGUAGUAGGAGAAGCUUCCCUGUUCUUGGUGGAAGGCUACACUUUGUGAAGUUCGAGACGGCCAAGAUUAAUGAGUGCUUGGAGUUCAUCUCUUCCAAACAGCUCCAUUGUGGUGGAGUAGAUGUAUGUAAUGGACUUCUUGGAGCUGCAGCCAACAACAAUGCUGUAAUCAAGGCCACAGGUGGCGGGGCAUACAAGUUUGCCGAUCUCUUCAAGGAAAGACUUGGGGUUAGUCUUGACAAGGAAGAUGAAAUGGAUUGCCUUGUGGCAGGAGCAAACUUUUUGCUUAAGGCUAUUCGUCAUGAAGCUUUCACCCACAUGGAAGGUCAGAAAGAGUUUGUCCAGAUGGAUGACAACGAUCUGUUUCCCUAUCUUCUAGUAAACAUUGGUUCUGGUGUUAGCAUGAUCAAGGUUGACGGAGAUGGGAAGUUUGAGCGUAUUAGUGGUACAAACGUUGGUGGCGGUACAUAUUGGGGACUGGGGAAACUCUUGACCAAGUGCAAGAGUUUUGACGAAUUGCUGGAGCUGAGUCAACGGGGAGAUAAUAGGACAAUUGACAUGCUCGUUGGUGACAUUUAUGGUGGCACGGAUUAUAAUAAGAUUGGUCUCUCGGCGUCAACUAUCGCGUCUAGUUUCGGGAAGGCCAUUUCUGAUCAGAAGGAACUAGAAGAUUACAGCCCUGAAGAUAUUUCUUUGUCCCUUUUACGAAUGAUUUCGUACAAUAUCGGGCAGAUUGCAUAUUUGAAUGCCCUCCGUUUUGGAAUUAAGAGAAUCUUUUUUGGUGGUUUCUUCAUAAGAGGUCAUGCUUAUACCAUGGAUACAAUUUCUUUUGCUGUUCAUUUCUGGUCUAAAGGGGAGAUGCAAGCUAUGUUUCUGCGGCAUGAAGGGUUUCUAGGAGCCUUAGGUGCAUUUAUGAGCUACGAGAAGCAUGGUCUGGAUGACUUGAUGGUUCAUCAGUUGGUUGAAAGAUUCCCCAUGGGAGCACCGUACACCGGUGGAAAGAUUCAUGGGCCCCCACUGGGUGAUUUGAAUGAAAAGAUUUCUUGGAUGGAAAAGUUUGUGCUAAAGGGUACUGAGAUAACUGCACCUGUGCCAAUGGCUCCUUCAGGAACUACUGGCCUUGGUGGCUUUGAGGUUCCUUCCUCAAAAGGGGCUACACUACGAUCUGAUGCAAGUGCUCUUAAUAUUGGUGUUCUCCAUCUUGAACCGACUUUGGAGGUGUUUCCACUGUUAGCAGACCUGAAAACGUAUGAGCCCAACACAAUCGACCUCUCUGAUCACAAUGAGUUGGAGUACUGGUUCACUGUCCUGUCCGACCAUAUGCCUGACCUUGUUGACAAGGCAGUAGCAAGUGAAGGAGGGACCGACGAUGCUAAAAGAAGGGGUGAUGCUUUUGCUCGUGCAUUUUCGGCUCACUUGGCGAGGUUGAUGGAGGAGCCCGCAGCAUAUGGAAAGUUAGGAUUGGCCAAUCUGUUGGAGCUCAGAGAAGAGUGCCUGAGAGAGUUCCAUUUUGUUGAUGUCUACAGAAGCAUCAAGCAGAGGGAAAAUGAGGCGUCACUUGCUGUGUUACCUGACCUGUUAAUGGAGCUUGAUAGUAUGUCAGAGGAGACAAGAUUGCUUACCUUAAUUGAAGGAGUUCUAGCUGCUAAUAUAUUUGACUGGGGAUCUCGUGCUUGCGUGGAACUCUACCAUAAAGGCACAAUAAUUGAAAUCUACAGAAUGAGUCGCAAUAAAAUGCAAAGGCCGUGGCGGGUGGAUGAUUUUGAUCUCUUCAAAGAGAGAAUGUUGGGUUCUGGAGAUAAGAAGCCUCCACCACACAAGAGAGCUCUACUCUUCGUGGACAAUUCAGGUGCCGACAUUGUUCUGGGAAUGCUUCCACUGGCGAGGGAACUCCUUCGCCGUGGGACUGAGGUUGUCUUGGUUGCAAACUCUCUUCCUGCUCUGAAUGAUGUAACUGCUAUGGAAGUUCCAGAGAUUGUUGCCGAGGCAGCAAAGCACUGUGACAUUCUUAGAAGAGCUGCUGAAGCCGGAGGGCUACUUGUGGAUGCAAUGAUCACCAACUCUGAUGGUUCCAAAGAGAACUCGUCACCAGUCCCACUAAUAGUUGUUGCGAAUGGCUGUGGAAGUCCAUGCAUUGACUUGAGGCAGGUCAGCUCUGAGCUUGCUGCUGCUGCAAUGGAGGCUGAUCUGAUCAUCUUGGAAGGAAUGGGUAGAUCUCUUCACACCAACUUCAAUGCUCGGUUCAGAUGUGACGCUUUGAAGCUCGCGAUGGUAAAGAACCAAAGGUUGGCUGAGAAACUGAUUCAAGGAAACAUAUACGACUGUGUGUGCAGAUACGAACCAGCAAAUUGA